UUCAGCAAGUCAGGGCUGCGGCGCGGUGGGCGGUAUGUCCGCGGGUGGGGAGACGCGUGGGGAUGCAGGAGGAGAGGGCACUGCUGCUGCCGCCCCCUUCAGCUUCAGCUCGGAACCAACGCUCGAGGACAUCCGCCGCCUCCAUGCUGAGUUUGCUGCUGAACGAGACUGGGACCAGUUCCACCAACCUCGGAACCUCCUCCUGGCCUUGGUGGGGGAAGUAGGGGAGCUGGCAGAGCUCUUUCAGUGGAAGCCGGAUGAGGAGCCUGGGCCCCAAGCCUGGCCCCCCAGGGAACGAGCAGCCCUUCAAGAGGAGCUCAGUGACGUCCUCAUCUACCUGGUAGCACUGGCGGCCCGCUGCCGUGUAGAUCUGCCCCAAGCAGUGCUCUCCAAGAUGGACACCAACCGGCGACGCUACCCAGCGCAUCUGUCCCGCGGCUCUGCCCGCAAGUACACAGACUUGCCUCAUGGGGCCACCUCUGAAAACCAGGCUGUGGGGCCUGCAGACCUUGCCUGUGAGUCCACAGGUCAGGCCUCAACCUAGAAACAUGGGCACAGAACCUGCAACUCAGCACGGCAUCUGAGGAGCAGAGGGUGCUCCAGCCAUGCUACCUCAUUCUAGUCCUUUCCUAACAGAUCAUGGGCCUGGGGGCUACCCUUCUUGAGGUCUGAGGCCCAAGAACCUCCAGUAGAUAGCCUCCUGGUUUUUUCUCUCUCAAUAAAAGUUUUGGUUAGCAA